UCUGCCGAGCUCAGCGGCGGAGCGGAGCGGAGCUGCGAGGCGCUAGCGCGGAGCAGGCAGGCAGGCGGGCGGGCCGGCAGGCGCGAGGCGGAGCGCGGGCGGCCGGGGAAGCUCGAGGGCGGACGGCGGCGGCCACGAGCGCUCGGCCCGGGCCUGCGGGAGCCGGAGACUGCAGCGGCGGCAGCUGCUGCCAGAGGAGCCGAGGGGACACCGCCCUGCCCGCGCCCUGCCUCAGGCCAUCGCUGCUCCCCCGGGGCCCAGCGCGGACUCGCCUCCUUGAAGUGUCACGAUGUCUGACCGGAAGGCAGUGAUCAAGAAUGCAGACAUGUCUGAGGACAUGCAACAAGAUGCCGUUGACUGCGCCACGCAGGCUAUGGAGAAGUACAACAUAGAGAAGGACAUUGCUGCCUAUAUCAAGAAGGAAUUUGACAAGAAAUAUAACCCUACCUGGCAUUGUAUCGUGGGCCGAAAUUUCGGAAGCUACGUCACACACGAGACAAAGCACUUCAUCUAUUUUUACUUGGGUCAAGUUGCAAUCCUCCUCUUCAAGUCAGGCUAGGUGGCCGCAGUGAAGGUGUCAGUGGCGGCGGCAGCGAUGGCAAGCAGGCGGUGUUGCUGGGACUGUUCUGCACUGGGGCCAGCAUCAGGAUGUCCUCUCCAAUGGCUGUGCUACUGCAUGGACUGUAUACUCGAUUUCAUGUGUAUGUCGCAGUAAACAAAACCAAACUUCUUUCUGUUUAGUUGCCUGGGGAAGAAGGCUGCUUUAUGUUUAUUUUUCAAGACUUAAAAUUUUUUUUUUUUUUGGUUGUAUUGCACUAGGAAAUCUCUCCCACCCCUCCCUUUUCUCUUUCUCUCCCUAUACAAAUAAAAAGCCCUCAACAAAGCCUGUAAGACUAGGAGGGCUAGGAAAAGAAAUAGGUUUCUGGAGGUGGAACUAAAACUGUGCAGCUGCCUCUUGGUGGUGGAUGCUGCUUUGGGAGGGCCAGGGAGGCUGUGGGGUGGGGGGGGGGGGUGGGGGGGAAGGGGAAGACAGUGAUAGGAUUGGCAAGGAGAGAGGGAUAGGAAGGAGGGUAGGGGGACUGAUAUAGUACCAGGGAGAAUAUUCCACUGAACUGUGAUUCCACGGCUUGGGGCAGAGGGUGGGGUGGAGACUGAAUUCUUUAAGGGGCCCUGAGACGUGUUUAUCUGUGGUGUGUGGGUGUGGGGAGCAGACUUGUCUUGCUGUCUUUGUCAGAAGAGUUUCUAAGUAAGGGCUGUGUCUUUGUGGAUUACCUUCUUUUAUUCUUCCUGUCAGAGCUCAUGCUAGGAGGAUGUUGAGGGUAGGAUUAGCUUGAUAUUUUUUUUUCUCUUCAUUCUUCUCUCCUUCUGUCUGCUCCCUGCUUAGCCCUCGGUUUUCUCAUUCCUCUGGAGUUCUCUUAGGGCAGCCUCUGUUAGUUGGCUGGCAAGGGAAUUUCUGGUGACUAGUUCUUAGUUAGGUCUUAGCAAUCAAACCAAAUCAAUGUGUCCCUUGAUUUUCCUGUGUAUAUGUGUGUGUGUGUAUCUUGGUUUGGGGUAUAGGGGAGGGAGGGGCAGGACUGUGGAAUCUCUAGGGUGUAUGGGUAGAUAAGUGGGCCUUUAUGUUAAAAACCUCUGGGGGGCAUCUGUUUUGGGGGUGAAGACGAGUGUCACCCCCCUCAGCCGUCUGGCCUAAACACUGCUUGCCCUAUGGCUGUCUGCUCCCAGGAAGGCUUUAGGAGGAUAGUCCAGGAUGAGGUGGCCAUGCUGUCACGCAUCCUGGAGCUGGGUCUCAGUGGAGAGGGAAAGUGACUGUGGAUGGUGGCAGCCUCCUGUGGGAGGCAGGGAUGGAAGUGAUAAAGGGCUGUUGAGGGGCUUUGGGGGAACUUUGGAGGAGGUCAGUCUUGCAGUGGUGAAGCCAGGAAUUAGGGGAUGGAAGCAGGGCUGCUAGUGGGACGAGAUUCCAAGGGGAGUGCUGGGGACAUCUUGUCUGUGGAUCAAACAGGGAUGGGAUGGGGGAUGGGUUGGGGGGAGUCAUUGCUGGUUGAGCUGUUGAUUCUUGUAAAUUGCAUUAAAAACUCUCAUGUAGGGUUGAUGCUGUGGGGGUGGGGGUUGGGAUCCAGCUCAUUCUCUCUUUUCUUUUUUUCAAAUCCAUCCUAGGGGUUGGUGGGGAGGCAGGAAAAUGCUCCCUUCCUAAGCCUUUAGUGUGUGCUGAGCUUUCUUUUUGAUGCUGACGGGAGGGUGGGGACUGGGAUGGGGAGUGAAUUCCCUAUAUCAAACCCUUUGGUGGGCACAAGACUGAAUGCUUGAUUUUAGGUUUUAUUUUUUUAUGAAUGUCCAGAUCUGUUUCCCCCUGCCCUCCCAGACUUGUGUGGCCAGUUGGAAAUGUCUGGUUUGUGUUCAUCUCCCUCAUUUCCGGAGCAGGGGCUGAGACCCCGCCACAUCUCCUAUGCUCUGCAUCCACGCCUCUUUUGGACAUUAAAGGUUGAUUGAUGCA